CAGGUCCUUGACAGCAUUGACUUUUGUGUCUGAUGAGUGAGAGGAAUAACUUUUAAGUUCAAGUUGAUAUAAAAAGCCAGAGUUGCCCUGAGGGUGUGUAACAUUUAGGCAGGAGGUCAGCACACUAAGGUAAGGAAGAAAAUUAAUCUGUAAAGUGUGCUUAGAAUAUACUUUGAUUUGUUAAAACAAAUUUUUGAAAUAUCUCCUUCACUGGUUGAUGUCAACAUAUGUUCUUUGUUUUACUCUAUGGUACAAAAUUAAAAAUUAAUAAUUGAUAAUUUAGUUUUCUUGUUUAUUAUAUAUCUGCCUUUGAUCCUUAUGUAUUAUGCUUUGAAAUCAAGAAGCCUUGUACAUGUAGCUUUUUAUGACCCUUGGCUACUUAUAGUACUAUUUUAUAUUGAAUAAUAUUAUAAUAGAUUUACAGUAAAAUAAUAAACUGAAAGUGUAAACUGACAACCUUGGGCAACAAAAUCAGAAACAUGGAACCAAAGACUUUCAUGUAUUCUUGACUGGUUUUUUCAUUGGUUUUAAAAGCAAUUUCCUCCUUGUUUUUUUGAGAGCUUUUUUACUAUUUCACAAGCUAAAAAUCAUUGUUAAAGAAUAAAUUGCUAUCACCUUCAGAUGCAAUUUUCAAAACAUCAUUGCUUUUCUUUUAUUUUGUUUGUUUCUCCUUAUUGCUGCAAGCACAGCUAUCGCCGGGAAGCAGUCCUUAGUCUGUUUUCCCAUCUCCCGCUGUGCUACAUUAGAACCCAGUCUACUGAGUUGACAUAGCAGUUACAGUUUCUUUGUCGACAAUUACACAGCCUGGAACAAAGAAUAAAUCCCUACAUAAAUUUCAAAAGAAAGAGAUACACUAAUAAAUAUGGAAAUAAAAUCAUGAUCAUCUGUUGAUGCAUACUGAAGCUAUUAUAUGUUAGUGAAUUGAGGAACACUAGAAUUACUCACAAUUUUUAAUCUUCAACUGUCACAUGAAUCCUUCAUGCACUAACCAAAGCACUCCUACUUUAAUUUGUAAAAUUAAACUUUCAGAGAAAUAGCUCUUUGUCUUGUAAUAAUACCUUCAUGUACGCAGUGGUUGUACAUGUAUAUUUGGUUGUUGCCAUCAUCCUCUUUUGUGGUCUGAAAACCAGGAUGAGGAAAGAAGGGGAAAAUUCCCAUAUUCAUUUAUCCAUAUUAGUAGUAACUAACUAAAUGUGCUCUGUUUUGGUGCUAGGCAGCAGAAAGAAUUCCAAGGGCUAAGCUCUCACUUCAAAAGAACUCUAUAAUGCCAGUUGAAGACAGCCCACAGAUGGGGAGUGAAAAACACCCAUAAAAGGAGUGCUGGAAUGGAUAUAUUUUUAGAAGCUUUUAAUCAUUGGCCUUCUUCCCUUUCUUGAAACUAAUUCAACUUAGAGGAGAUAAACUUUACAGUCAAGUCCUAAUAGUGUGGUUCAAGAGCAAAGUGAAAGGUAAUUAAGAAGAGUCUGACAAUGGAUUCAUUUUGGGGUUGAUUAUGUAAUUCUUAGCCGGCUAUGGAGUUGAAUUCCCUUCAAGCUUGGAUUUUUUCUUACCUCAUUAUUUCCACAAUAAUCUGAUUUACUGGUAAUAGGGUGUUACUUAUUCAUUUAUUUACCUCUCUCAUCUUGUUGUCAUUAGGUCAACAACUGCUGGUUAUGGGAUCUGAAGACUCAGAGCUUAGGACUUCCCAGAAGUCACAUCACAAGAAAUCAACUCAAAAACGGAAAUUGUCAAGAGGUCUUAUAUGAUUCAUAUGGAUCUUUCUCAUUUUGUGUAAUCCAAUGAAGCUGGUGACGACUGAUGGAAUAUUCAAAUUUGGUGCCAAUAGACAUUUAGAGCAUCCUGGUCAGAUGAAAGGAAUUUAAUUGUGUAUGGUAAAGGUAAAAGGUAAAGAGAGUUAAUGACUUACACUGUCCUUGAUGCAAGAUGUAAUGAGAAAGUGUCCAACCUUUAAGUCAAGUUGUUCUCUGUGUUUCUGUAUCAUGUUGCAUUCAAGGCAAAACCAGUGAAUAAAAACGUGGCAAAAGGAGAGUAUCAUAUUAGUUGAGGCAAAGUUGUUGUGAAGGAAAACAGGAAGUUUAUUUAAAUUACUGUAUUGAGCAGAACUUGUUUAGAUGAUCAGUCAGCUUAAUCAUGGAGAAGAUAAACAUGAAAGAUACCAACUCUUGUUUAGAGAUGAACAAUUUUGAAACAAUCUGGAAACAAUCUUAAACUCAGUUUAACACUCAACACCCUAACAUCAGUAUGCAUAUUCUCCAUACUGUUCUCUAUACAUUUCUCAAGUGCUGACAAGGAAAAUGUGUUUAACAAUCAAGAGCUUGUUUAAUUGGUGAUCAUUUUGUUUAUUUUUGUUUCCUUAAUGUGUGAUUCUGGGGGGAUACUAUUAGGAGAAAUUGGACGUUAGUCACUUCUAGGGAUCAAAUGGUUAAACUUUGCCUACUUAAGUGGGGAAUCUUCUCGAAAUAAUUUUUCUGCUUAAUAGAGUUUUAGAAAUUUAAAGGAGAAUUAACAUGUUGGUCAUCCAAGUACAUUUUACAGAAUAAGAAGUAUUAGCAUAACUGCUCAGGAGGUUAUAGAGAUUUUCAUGUCUUUGAUUGUUCAGGAACUUCACUAUACAGGUGGUGAUUAUGACAGGGGGUUAAAUUUCAGAUUGAUCUGGUCAAUUGAUCAAAUAUUUUUUUAAAAGGCUUUAUGGAAAUUAUGUACACUUUUACUUUUGCUUGGUGUGGUGUUAUUGUCUACUUCAGACUGAAUUUGCCUUUGAUUUCCUGGUUUUGUUUGAAAUACUUUAAGUAUAUUUGGUCACACUUUUGCACAAUAAUAGUUACAAAUUUCAAUUGCAUUGCACCGAAUUUUAAAAUAUCUUCAAGUAUAUUGUAAGCAAUGCCCUUAGAUGGAGUGAUAUAAUGUAAUGAUGAAAUCUUGAAAUUCUUAUUUUACUUUUAACCAGAUGAGGAGUACCAUAGAUACCUAAGUUACCAUAGUGGUAUUCAGUAUCUUAGCGUUGUGGUUAUGUUUACAUAUAACAAUAAACUGCCCUAUUUAAAACAUGGCUUGGCCACUGUCUAUGCUUGACUUGAUUUGACGAUAGAAUUAUUAAGUUGAUGGCAAAAAAGAUUAUAUACAUGUAGAAGUAAUUGCUAAGACCUGAGAUCUUUGUACAUUGCUAAUUUAUGCAAGAUUACAGCUAGUUCCCAUACAUUAUGAAAAUGAUGUUUUUCUUUCUCCCAACAAUUAGCUAGAAUUAAGCCAGUUACUAAGUACCUAAUAGUGAGAAAGGCAAUCAGAAGUUAAAAAAAAUUAAAUGUGCAUUUACAAGGUGGUGGCAGGAGAAGUGGGGGGGAAGGGAAGGUUGUUACUGAGAGACACUCCCUUCCAUGGCCUAGAUGGGUACGUGUCACCAAUGAUGUAAUUUUAGGGUUUUAGAUUCUUACUUACAGUUGAAAUUUUUCUUUUGUACCUUACACACAGUGCCUUUGCAGACUUAAGGAUGUUGGCAGAUCAAAUCAGUGAAACUUUUUUUGUUCUGACCAGGAAAGCAAAAUGAACAGGUUGGGUCAUGGACAAGGCCUUAAUCCUUAAACUCCUAAGAGUGACUAACAUUUAACUUCUCCUUACAAUGUCGCCCCUAAAUCACUCAUUAAGGUAAUAAGAAUAAAGGAGAUGAUCACCAACUAAAGAAGCUCUUGACUGUUGGACAAAUUCUCCUUGUGAGAACCCUAGGAAAUGUCUAGGGAGUAGUAUGGAGAACAUGCAUACUGACGUUAUGGAGUUACACACGUCUGAGAUAAACCCUCUUUUUCUUUUUGAAUCAAAUUUUGUUACCACGCAGACCACCACUAGAUUAAGUUGAGCAAAAAUAUUUACACAGAAUGCAUUUCAAAGGUGUUUUAAGAGACCAACAGCUCUUUUCUCAACAAUCUGAUGUCGAUAAGCGUCAUGGGCUGUUUCGUCGUCAGAUGUUUCUCGCAGAAGACGUAGAAAGUUAUCUCCAUACAGACGUGAAGUCGAAAAAGUUUUCUAUUUUUUAACUCUCUCACCCCUAAGCGCUUGGCUUCUGAUUCCUCUUUACAGUGUCACCCUUGAAUCAAAUGUAAGGUAGUGAGAAUAAAGGAAAUAACCACUAUUUUUAAGAAGGUUGCGCUUGUCAAAAAAUUCUCCUUGUAAUCCAGAGCCACAGGAAAUAUAAAAAGAAAAUUGUAGAGAAUCUGAAUAUUAGGGUUAGGGUGUGAAGGGUUAACCCUUUACGCCCUAACAUCAGUAUGGAUAUUCUCCAUACUGUUCCCCAUACAUUUCCAAAGAGGCUGACAAGGAGAAUUUGUUUAACAAUCAAGAGCUGCUUAAGUUGGUGAUCAUCUCAUGUCUUUCAUGUUUGAUUCAGGGGUGUUAUAUUAGGGAGAAAUUAGAUGCUACUCACUCUUACGGGCUAAAGGGUUAAGACCAACAUCUACUGCGAGCAAGCAACAUCACAACUCAUUAAAAAAGACAAACAACAUGCAACACAAACAAAAAGAAAAUUAGCAUUAACAUUUUAUUUUUAUCUUUAGAACCAACAUGGAGUGGGCUGAACAACAUUACAAUAUUCUUUGUCAGGGGAUUCUCGUUCUUGAACCAUUCAAGGCAAAGCCAAGGAAGCAUUGCAAGUGGCCAAAUUUGGAAUAAAAUAGUGAACAAUCUGAAAAGCCUUCAACAUCCCCAGUUCAGAGUGACGAAGUUGUUGUUUUGCAUAGGACGGCUAAAAAAUGUACAAAGUUUUGAAACGCACGUGCUGAGCUGUUGUUCUGCCAAUUAGAUAUUUUGUUUUUCCAUGUCCUCGUUACCGUCGCCGUCGUGGUUUGCUUAAGGUCCUUAAUAUCAACGUGAAAUCAUCAAAAUUUUGGUGGUUUAAGAAAGGAAACCCCGACGGCAAAUUAAGUUUCUAUUCUACGCCGCUCUCAUACAUUAUGCUGAGGUUAACACAUUCAGUCAUUCGUGAGAUUCCAACUACACGUACAUAUUCAUUAUUAAAUCGUCGUCUUCCUCGGCGUUGCCGUCCUAACUGCUAAAGGUCCCUAUUGAAACAUGCUGACCUUGCAGUUUGAUCUGAUAAACUUGCAAGAGAUUUCUAGGUUUAAAGCAACCUCCAGCUGUGGCAACGUUGGUAAAGUGAUUGGUAUCAAAGAAAAUAAAUUAUUUAUCGACGAUGUUAGUAUGGAAAUAUUCGUUCCCGCAAUUACGCAAUUGCACGAACGUUUUCAAGAACCGGAACUGAAAGGAGCCAAUCAUGAAGAGGGGGCAAUGAUUUGACAUUUUGCAUUUAUAAUUAUUGAGAUGUUUCCUUUUAGAAAAAUCAUUUCGCAUCUUCAGCUUUUCGUUUCUCGGGAUUAGUAAAAUGUCGACAAGCACUUCUUCAAGUAACAGUCAACAAUGGGGACCCACUCAGGCCAGUUUUUCAAGUGAUCGAUCAGCAGGAGACAGUGCUUUUUUAGUGAGACUUCAAAGCCGAGAGAGAGAAAUAAAGGCGCUGAAGGAUGAAAUUGACAAGCUGAGAGAAAAUGAAGAACGCAAUCAUGUUAAAAUUAAGGCUUUAGAGAGGAAAAUUGAAGAACUGGAAACAGAAAAACGGUUAUUGAAAGAACAAGUGAAUCUCCAGAGCAGUGAGUUGGAUUUGGUCAAGAAAAGAGUUGACGCUUUAGAGGAAGUGCAAGUGUCCCUGCUCCUGGCAACAAUGUGUGACGAGAUACAAAACAUGAUGUUCAAAAGAAUAUUUCCACAAAGAUUUAACUCAAAAAUACAACGAAAGGUGAAAGACAUCGAAGACAUGUUAAGAACAUCGGGAGACGGAGAAAAACGUAAGUGGGCCUUGCUACAAGAUGAGCUGAAUUGGAAGUACUGCCACUUCGAUGCCGUGAGAUCACUAAAAAGAGUCAGAAAUACGCGCGCUCAUCCCGUCGCAAAGCUGACAGAGGAAGCACUUAAGGAGUCUGUCCUGAAGAUGACAGAAGAACACUUCUUUGAAGAAGAUGACAAUUGGCUGUCUGUUGAAGUCGUCAACGAACUGAUCACGAUGUGGAAACAUUUAAAGGAAAAACAUUAGUCUUCAAUUUUUUAGACGCUCACUCUUAAAAUUGCCCAUGGCGAUGUGAUGUGUAAAUAUCCACAGGCUUUUACCAAGAUAUAUAAAAACAAUACAUGGAAUGAUGUAAAACAUCGCUAAUGUAAUCUCGAAUUUUUUGUAACAAGUAACCAAAUUCACUGCUAUGGUACCAGAAAAGACUCUCACUAUUGAUCGUAUUUGUGUCGUACACAAGCAAUUUAGAAUUCUCUGCCAUAUGUUUUAAGUCUCUUCCUGUUUUAGUCACUCGUUUGUCAAAUCUUCUUAGCUUUAAGACGAAUUUACAAGAGCUUUUACUAAAAAAAUUACUGAGUUGACCAAGCACUUUUCCGCAGCACUUUUUUCUUUUUUUAAAUACAAUUUGUAAAUCAGGCGACUCCCAUAAGCUCAGUGGCUUCCUUGGUCUUCUCGCCUUCUGUAAGUUUUAGUGUCGUAGAAAAUGUUUAUUUGCAUUGUUGACAAGACAAAUAAAUGAUAAUGGCGAUGGAUAAAAAACUGAAUUAAUUUAGAUUUCCGACAUUUCAUGCACAAACCCAGAGCAG